CGGAAUGGAUUGGACAUCAAUCAAACCAAGUGUGGUCAGUACAGUGGAGUGCUUGCUAACCCAGCUGCAAGAAUCGAAUUCGCGUUCUAUAAACGGUAGAAGAAACCCUGAAACCGACUAAAUCAUGUUCCGAUUUCUGUUCUUGAUUGCCUUAGUACCGGCACUAGUGUACGGAAAUGUGACUCGCGACUGUACCGGAGGUCGACCACAGCCACUCAGUGUGUUAAUAGAGGGAUGUAGUGCGGCACCCUGUAAUUUGGUUCGUGGACAGGAUGUGAUUGCUUACAUCGAUUUUACCACCGACCGUGCCGUUACAUCGAUGACUACCGUUGCCACUGCUACUGCACUGGGUGUAGUGACAAACUAUCCGCUGGGAGCGAACGCCGUUACAUGCAACUUCCUGCAGGGUAGCAGCUGCCCAUUGUCCACCAAUGAGGAUGUCACCUAUCGUUUGACGAUGCCGAUUCUGUCAAUCUAUCCGCUGGUUAGCCUUAGCAUUGAGAUCGACGUAGUCGAUCAGGCCAGCAACUCUGUCUCCUGUUUCGUAGUUGAUGCUCAGGUUGUUACUGCCACGAAUUAAGUCGCUUUAGUUGCUUGAACGUUUGGAAUGAUUGUGACGUACUUUCCCAAAUAUGCUGUGCUUUAGGUAUUGUAGUAAAUUAUAAUAAAUAAGCGAUCGUUUAACAAAAAAAAA